UUAUUGCAUUUUUCUCCUUUAAAAUGGCUUUCGCCAGCUACGAGAAAUACUUCAAUUUCGAGAUUAAAAUCGGAAAGCGUCGUGUAGUUAUUUCUUAACCGUGGUCAUAUUUGUUGAGUGUGUUUUCGUUGUAUUAGUAUGAAAAUAAACAUUCUUAGUUUUAUACUGUAUUCGUGGUUAGUUAAGUAGAUCUGUAGUUUAGUUUAUUUACUUUGAUGAAAUUUUUAUACAAUGGAACACUGAGUAUCACUCUUAGUGGGUGUAUAAUUUACAUCAUCAAAUUGAAUAAAAAUCAAGAAUGUCUAAGGAUGCUAAGAGUCUGGUAUGGGACUAUCUAGUCUUCAUCAUUUUUGUCAUAGCCAGUACGUUUGUAGCCCUAUAUUCAAAAUGUUUUGGACCCAAAGUGAAAACGAAAGCAGAUUAUGUAUUUGCAGCAGGCAAAGUUUCCAUGGCUGCCAUGAUGUUGAGUAUAGCUAGAGGGACACUAGGAGUGCGAUCGUUUCUAGGUUACCCUUCCGAACUAUUCUACAGAGGAGCCACAAUGUGGGAAACCCUUUACGGAAUGGUCCUGGCCUAUCCAAUAGUUUGCUUCAUAUUCGUGCCGGUGUAUUUCAGCCUUGGAAUAACUUCUGUCUACCAAUAUUUAGACCUUCGGUUUAAAUCACAAUUCGUUAAACAACUGGCAUCUGGAACUUAUAUUGUUAGGGCGCUUCUCAAUCAGGGCGUGACAGUUUUCACUCCUUGUGUUGCUCUAAACACUGUUAUUGGAAUUCCUUAUUGGGCGUCCAUAUCCGGAAUAUCGAUAGUCAGCAUUAUUUUCAAUAUAUUGGGAGGUCUGAAAGCUGCCAUUUGGGCAGAUGUCAUGCAAGGCGUUACAAUGAUUGUUGUCAGUAUGGCUAUUAUGUUUCAAGGCUGUUUUGAAGCAGGAGGACCAUUAAAAGUAAUCGAAGUUAACAGAGAAGACGGAAGACUCAAUUUUUUCAACUUUAGCAUGGAUCUCACAACCCGAGUAACAACGACAUCUGCUAUCAUCGGUCAAUUAUUUAUGUCGUUGUCAAUUUUUGGAUGUCAACAGAAUUUUGUUCAAAGGUACUGCAGUAUGAGAUCACAAAAGGAAGUAACAAGGACUAUGAUGUGGAACAUCCCUGUCAUAACCGUAUUAUUCAGUUUAUCUUGGUUAGUGGGGAUGGUAGUAUACGCUGUAUAUUCCAGCUGUGAUCCUCUCUCGUCUGGAUAUAUUCAGAAAUAUGACGAAAUCCUGCCGUUUUUUGUUGAAGACCGAUUCAGCUAUUUGCCUGGCAUACUAGGAUUAUUUAUGGCAAGUCUUUUCAAUGGAGCUCUCAGUUUGAACGUUUCAAAUCUAAACUCCUUGGCAACUGUUACUUUCGAAGAUUUUGUGCGUCCUAUUCCUAUAUUCAAAGACAUGAAGGAUUCCAAGCAACUAUGGACAAUUAAAUUUAUAGGAGUAGUCUACGGAUUGGUCAUCAUGGGAAUCAGCUUCGGAGUAGGACUUUUGGACGGCGUUAUUGAAUCUUCAAUGUUGGUUACUUCAGCCACUUCUGGACCCCUACUAGGAGUAUUCGUGAUGGCUUUAUUGAUACCUUGCGCAAAUUGGAAGGGAGCAUCAGUUGGAGUAAUCUCAGGCCAUAUAGUCACUCUUUGGAUUGCCAUAGGGGGCUUAACAAUUGAAAAACCGCCAGCAAGCUUUCUUCAAGUAUACACGGACGGUUGCAGUAACACCUCUUUCAAUGAUCAUAUAUUGAAACCCGAACACCGAUACCCAAGCUGGACUCCUACAACUACUCCGUCUCCGUUCCAUAUCUAUAACGACACUCACACUCUAUUGAAUACUACCAGAGCAGCUCCAUCAGAUCCACUUACUCAACUGUACUCAGUUACUUAUAUGUAUUAUUCAUUAAUCGGAUGCUUCAUCACAAUUCUUUUUGGUUGGACUGUUUCCUAUUUUACCGGCAGUGAAAGUGACAGAUACGAUGAGGAGUUAAUACAUCCAAUUGCUAGAAAAAUGGCGAAAAUAUUUCCUGGAAAAAAAAGAAUUUAUUCACAAAAAGUAAUUUGCGAAGAUGAUAUCCCAGAAAAAUGUGAGAAAACUACAAAACUAGAUUCAGUUAUGCAGCCGUCAACAAGCUGCACUAACCCUCCGGGCACAAAAACGGGUACCCUCAAUCCUACGUUUUCAGAUUUGUCAGAUGAAUCAAUAGAUGGUAUAUAUAGAACUAAAUUGUGAUUUUUGCUAGAGCACCGAAGAAAAUGUAAUGAAAUGCCCAUUACUUUUAGAAACUUCUGUGAUCUCUAUAUGUUAUAUGAACUUUAAUGUAAUUCUUCUGUACGGUAUUAUUGUUAACAAAGACGUCAGAUUCGUCGUUACACGAAUAUAUUAAAUUUUUAGUGACCCAGUUAUCUUGGUGACCAAGACUUGAAAGUUAUUAAGUAUUUAUUAUGUGAGCUAUUUUAUUUCUAUUUAAGCAUUAGAUAUAUCCAUUUAGUAGUUAUUUAUCGUUAUAAAGUAGACAACAAUACUCAAAUGUAUAGAACUACCAACUGUUUAAAUAUUUGUUACUUAUCAAAAGUUUCUUGUCAUACCUGUCGAAUUUAUAUGAAAUAUAUAUUUGGGAAAUUUUCAGUCUGAGAAGGAAUCCUUGAUUCAUGAUUUAAUUGAUUAUGGUGGUCACGUGUCCAGUGGCGUACCGAUAUAAAUAUAAGGAAGCUGAACCAACAAUAAUAAUAUUUUUCAUUUUAUAAGACUUUUGUAUACACUUUUACUUGUAACAGUUUAAUAAUAAAUCACUACGUGAUGCAAGUGCUCACAAACUUCAUAAA